GAGCUUAAACCCUGAGUAAAGCCCUACUUCUUCUACUUACUGAGUUUGAUUUUUCAUUUGCUUGUGGCUGCCAUUACAAUGUAUCGAUUAGCUUCUAAAGUUGCUUCCUCCAUUGCUUCUUCAUCUUCCAGAAAUAACCUCGUGUAUGGUGGGGUAUUGUCAAGGAGAAAUUAUGUGAGCAAAGAUAUAAACUUUGGGAUUGGGGCUCGUGCUGCUAUAUUGCAAGGGGUUACUGAGGUUGCUGAUGCUGUCAAAGUUACCAUGGGACCAAAGGGUCGCAAUGUGAUAAUUGAGAGAAGUCAUGGAAAUCCCAGGGUCACCAAGGAUGGUGUGACUGUAGCCAAAAGUAUCAAUUUUAAAGACAAGGCCAAAAAUGUUGGUGCAAAUCUCGUCAAGGAGGUCGCCAAAGCCACCAACAAUGCUGCUGGGGAUGGUACAACUUGUGCAACUGUUUUGACUCAGGCAAUACUCACUGAAGGAUGCAAAUCAAUUGCUGCUGGCGUAAAUGUUAUGGAUUUACGUAAUGGAAUAAAUAAGGCAGUUGACGCUGUAAUUACUGACUUGAAAAGCAGAGCAGUAAUGAUAAGCACACCUGAAGAGAUAACCCAGGUUGGAACUAUAUCUGCAAAUGGGGAGCGUGAUAUUGGAGAAUUGAUAGCAAGGGCAAUGGAGAAAGUUGGAAAGCAGGGAGUCAUUACUGUUGCUGAUGGGAAUACAUUGGAUAAUGAGUUGGAAGUGGUAGAAGGAAUGAAGUUAACCAGAGGCUACAUAUCUCCUUAUUUUAUUACUGAUCAGAAGAGCCAGAAAUGUGAAUUGGAGAAUCCCUUUAUUCUCAUCCACGACAAGAAGAUUUCAGACAUGAAUUCACUGCUGAAAAUAUUGGAGCUGGCAGUAACGGAAAAAAGACCACUCCUAGUUGUUGCUGAAGAUGUUGAGAGUGAUGCAUUGGCUAUGCUCAUACUCAACAAGCAUCAUGCUGGGCUUAAGGUUUGUGCAAUAAAAGCUCCUGGUUUUGGGGAUAGUAGAAGAGCAAAUUUGGAUGAUCUUGCAAUUCUUACUGGAGGGGAGGUCAUCACAGAAGAUCGUGGUUUUACUCUAGAUAAAGUCCAACCAGAAAUGCUUGGCACUGCUAAGAAGGUUACUGUCACCAUUGAUGACACUAUUAUUCUACAUGGUGGUGGGGAUAAGAAGCUCAUUGAAGAAAGAUGUGAGCAGCUGAGGACAACUAUGGAGAAGAGUUCUGCCACGUUUGAUAAAGAAAAAGCACAGGAACGCCUAUCAAAACUAUCUGGUGGUGUGGCUGUUUUCAAAGUUGGGGGGGCUAGUGAGACUGAAGUUGGGGAAAGGAAAGAUAGAGUAACAGAUGCUUUGAAUGCCACUAGAGCAGCUGUGGAAGAGGGAAUUGUUCCAGGUGGUGGAGUUGCUCUUUUGUAUGCUACCAAAGUCUUGGAGAACCUUCAAACUCAAAAUGAAGAUGAGAAAAGAGGAGUACAGAUUAUUCAGAAUGCACUCAAGGCACCUACGUCUACAAUAGCUUCAAAUGCUGGUUUUCAUGGUGCUUUGGUCCAAAGCAAAUUGUUGGAGCAAGAUGAUCAUAAUUUAGGUUUUGAUGCAGCUAAAGGUGUCUAUGUUGAUAUGGUAAAGGCCGGAAUAAUAGAUCCUCUUAAAGUUGUUAGAACAGCUUUGGUAGAUGCUGCCAGUGUAUCGUUACUACUGACAACAACCGAGGCAGCUGUGGUGGAUAAUCCAAAUGAUAAAAAUAAACCUCCAAGUCGGGUGCCUGAUAUGGAUGAUUUGGACCUCUAACUUGCUUCACCAAAUCAUGAAAACAAUUUUGUGUAUCAAUAUUCAGAUUCUGCCCUUCCUUUUAAGGAAAUCGUUGAGAUCAAAAUCUUUGUAUUUUAUGGAGUGAGGUUUAAAUUAUGCCACCUUCUAUUCACUACGUUUUAGGAAAUCGUGUCUCAUUCAUGUUAUCCUCAUGAAUAGGAUAAGAUGAGAACAAAACUGGUCUUAUUCUAUAGAUAUUGUGUCAUUCAUCCAAUUUAUUACUGAAAAUUAAUGUAACAAUAUUAAGAACUCUUCCAACUCGCCUUGGAAUGGUAAUGCAAUUUGCUUUGGUC